GCUUCAGGAGGAACCGCCAUUUUGAACGCGCCGAAUCAAUUGCAUGUGUAUAAGCCCAAGUUCAACCUCAUCUGGCGUUAUUGGGAGAGGAAGACGGCCGAGUCUUGCCAAGAACUGGUUAUCCAAGACGAAGGGCGGUUACCGCAUGCUUCACAUGCCGAGAAAGGAAGACGAAUACGAUCAUGCAAGACCUGCUUGUUCUUUCUGCCGACCGAUCGGGGCGCAAUGCCGUUACGAUGCCCGUGAUGCGUCGUCGUUUGAUCGUGCGAGCCUGAAAAUUCUUGAUCGGUUGUCGGUAAUCGAGACAUCGGUAAGAGAGAAGCCGAUAUCUUCAACACUGCCACCUGACACAUCGUAGUCAUGGCUUGUGGCUGCAGCUCUGAAACGAGUUAAAGGAGACCUGCCUUCUACUGGCAGCGGCGCGGUCUAACCUCGACAUACCUGUUGGAUGGUA